UGUAUAAAGGGCGGUUCUAGGUACUAUUCUGAGACAUUGUCUACACUACAAUUUGCUGCUGCUUGUCGAAAAAUUGAAAAUCGUGUUCAUGCGAAUGAAGAUCUGUCUGGAGAUACUGUAAUGGCGUACAAAGAAGAGAUCACUCGCCUCCGCGAAGAAUUGAACGGUCUCGAAGCAAAUAUCCGGUCAGAAAUGACCGCGAAGCUGGCAUUGGUUGAGAAUGAACUUAAGACUUGGAAAGAAGCCGCGAUUUCUCGUGAAAAGGACCUUGUCGAAGCUCGGCUUCGAUGUAAUUUGUUAUCGGCUCAGUUGACGAGUGGACCAUCCGUAGUUGGAGAUGUCAAGUCAAGUGACGAAGCGAUUCGGGCCAUUACCGCGCAGCUUUCGAGAAGGAUCGAGUCAAUUAGGACGUUCGAAGAUCUUUCAAGAGCUCAGCUUGAGGCCAACCUAGUUAACGCUUACAAUGAGCUAGAGGAGAUGCGCUCACGACUUGAGAAUGCUGAAGCUUCAAGGAAAGCAUCUGUCGAGAAAUAUAACGGUUUUCUACAAGGAUGCAGCGAAACAUCUAUUUCUGAAUUAUCAUUACGUCGGCUCAAUCUAACUACGGUGUGUUUCAUUUCAGUUCAGCCAAAAUUCGUGGAGCUUUGGAACAAGUUCUGUUUGAAGGCCCCUGAGGAGUUCGAUGCAUUAGAUAAUGGGGAUGUAGUGGAAGAUGGGGAACUAGCUGAAGAGUACGAGUCACUGCGAUUAGAAAUGGAAAAUAAUAGAUUGUCUCAGAUUAUUUGUGAAAAGGAGACUGCGAUCAAGAGUAUCUGUGAAUUACAAAAGCAACAAGCUGCACAGUGGGCGAAGGAAAAACAGGAGUUCCUAAGAGCAGACUCCUUACUGAAGUCACGCAAUGAACAUCUGGAAUCGGAAAACAACACUCUUCGCGAAAAAUUGGAGAAAUACAGAAAGAAAGCAGAACAGCUUGGGGUCACUAUUUCUUCUUUCAAUGAUGAGCGAUGUCGUUUACAACAACAAAUUGAUGGGUUGCACUCGGAAAAACUUGAUCUUGAAGAUCAACUCCAGGCCCUACAAAAUGAGCAAGAACUGAUGUCAAACAGGAUGAAGAAUGAGUUGGUCACCGGCAAGCCAGAUGCUGGAGUCGAGUUAGCGAGAGAGGGUAUCAAAAAGUUGCUGUGUGAUGUCUCAGAAAAGCGCAUUGUGGAAAAGAAACGCGAUUUGCGAAAGGGCAAAUGUAAUGGUCUCAAUUUCGAGACAAUGUAUCAGUGUGAGCCUGUUUCUUAUAAUAUUGAUAUAUUACGUUUAAUACGGCACUUCGCUACAUAUCGCAACACGAUUGAAGACUCUUUCGAUCACAAGCUGAGCGAACUUCGCGCCACUUUUUUCGACUCGGAGAAGCGUACUGCUGAGUUAUCUACCACUGAGAAACCUUGCAAGGAAUACGAAGCAGUGGAAAAGAACCAAAACAGGGAAUUGCUACCGAUGGAUUCACAUCUGGCUGUAAACGAAACAGACUAA